CCAUAGUGUAAUUUCUACACGCGUUCCUGUUUAAGACUGGUGAUGUAUCUUUUUCCUCUUUUUUUCUCACAAUUUUUUUUUAAUCUGAAAAUGAACGACGACAUCGUCAAUGUCAUUACCAACACAAUCACCAAUCUCGAUAGUGAAUUGCGCUCCUUAAGCCUCAAGAUACACGACAAUCCAGAGCUCCCUAAUCAAGAAUACAAUGCUUGCCAUCUACUGGAGGAUUAUCUGGAAGAAAAGGGGUUUAAAGUCAUGCGUGAAGCUGCUGGUAUGCCAACCGCAUUCAUGGCAGAGUAUACAAAUGGACCUGGAAAAAGAGUGGCAUAUUGCUCUGAAUAUGACGCGUUGCCAGGUGUUGGACAUGCUUGCGGGCACAACCUUAUCGCUAUUGCUGGCGUCGCAUGUGCUAUGGCAGUAAAAGCACUUUUAGAACAAAACCUUUUGCAAGGAACUGUUACUCUUUUUGGCACACCGGCAGAAGAAGGUGGUAAUGGCAAGGUCACGUUUGUGAAGGAACUUGAAUUUCAAAAGAGGGCCGAUUUUGCAAUGAUGCUUCAUCCUGCACCAGCCGACUCUGUUGUCGGACCGGCCCUCGCUAUUGACGCGGUUACGAUUGAGUUUUUUGGGAAAGCUUCACAUGCUGGUAUGGCUCCUUGGAACGGUAUCAAUGCUCUUGAUGCCCUUAUGCAAGGAUAUAACAAUGUUUCCAUGCUGCGACAACAAACCUUGCCGACGAACAGGAUUCAUGGUAAUAUAACGCAUGGCGGAAAUUCAGCCAAUGUGAUCCCGGACUAUGCCUCAGCAAAAUUCCUCAUCCGUUCUGUGACACGCACGCAGCUUGCCGAGCUCAAAUCCAAGUUUGAAAACUGUUUUAAAGCUGCUGCUGGUGCAACCGGAUGUCGAUUGUCGAUGUCAUGGCUACCUAACGGUGCAACGGAUGAUAUGUUCACCAAUGACACGCUUGCUGCAUCGUAUCAGCACUUUAUGGAAGAAGAAGGUGUCAAGUUUCCGACUAGCGAAGAAGCAGGAAGCAUUUCCAUGGCUAGUUCAGAUUUCGGCAACGUGAGUUACGUGCUCCCUUCCUUACAGCCUGUUUUCAAAAUUGAUACAUCGGGUCCGAACCACACACACGAAUUCGCCAAGGCUGCUAGAACAAAACAAGCACACCAAGCGACAUUGCGUGCUUCUCAAUGUCUUGCCAAAACGGCGGCGGAAAUGUAUCUGAAUCCCGCCAUGUUUGAAAAAGCUUGGAAAGAUUUUAGAAAGGGAAAGCCUCAAUAAAGCGAAAUAAAAGGACAGCACAUCGAUACCGAUCAGCGUUUACUAUGUGUUUUAAAAGUAGAAUUAUACGAUGUGGCACCUUGAAAUUGUAAUAUCAAUGCUGUUAAGGCCUCAUCGUUGCUACUCAUGCCUGGCAGCAUUUGGGUCAUAAGAAAG